AUGCGUUCCAUAUUAUGUACCAUUUUGGUCGGCCUGGCGUCGCUCGCCAGCCUGGAUCAAUGCCAGGCCCUUGGCGCUCCAAAUAGCCCUCAGAGGCCCCAAUAUUAUUUUCCACGAAAGAUAAAAAGAGAAGUCCAUAAAGAUUCUCCCGUUUAUGUUAAACGUGAGGUGGUGGUUGUGCCUGUGACUCUCAUGGUUGGACCGGAUGGGAAAAAGAAGGCAGGACCACUGAAUAAGAUCUUUGGCUUGGAGACACAGCCUGCCACAUCGACCUCCACCUCUUCAGAAACGACUACAUCCGAGAAAUCAUCAGAGUCGUCUUCUAAACCUGCUCCUUCCCCUCCGAGCUCAUCGCCUUCGGCAUCGGAACCGGUUUCUACGUCAAGCGUGCCAUUGCCGAGGCCGACGCCAUCUACGACAUCCUCGCGACCUGCACCGGUGACACCCCGUCCGAGCCCCAGCGAUGAUUCGAAUCCUGGAAUCAGCAUUGGCCUUUCUGAUAUCUUGUCGGACCCUAUCAUCCCUUUGCCAACACCGACACCUACACCAUCGGGCAACCCGCCGUCUCAGAAUGGGCCAACUUCGUCUGUCGCCCAAUCAAGGCCAAUUCCUCCGUUGGUCGUUGUGUCGUCUGUGCUUCCUCUUCCAUCUGGCACGGGCGGGUCACCGCCCCCUGUCAUCCCGGUUGCAUCGUCGAGCCCUAACAAGCAAGUUACUUUUACUCCUCCAGUUGCGUCGGGUACUGGUGUCAAGCCCCCUGUGGUAGAAUCACCCACACCUAUCGUGCCUGUUGAAACUAAACCACCUGUGACUCCCGGUACCAGACCUUCUGGUUCUCCUCCUGCGCAGGAAGUAUCAUCACCUAUUACGCCUGCUCAGACCAACCUGCCGCCCAUGAGCUCUGGUACUGAUACCAGACCUUCUGGUUCUCCUCCCGCACAGGAAGUAUCAUCACCUAAUACGCCUGCUCAGACCAACCUGCCGCCCAUGAGCUCUGGUACUGAUACCAGACCUUCUGGUUCUCCUCCCGCACAGGAAGUAUCAUCACCUAAUACGCCUGCUCAGACCAACCUACCGCCCAUGAGUUCUGGUACUGAUACCAGACCUUCUAGCUCCCCUUCUGCACAGGAACCUUCUCCAUCCCCAAAUGUAUCCGCUGAAAGCACCCCUUCCAUACCUCCAGGAACCGGUGUACCUUCACCCGCUACUAGUUCCGUGAAGGAAUCCUCUGCCCAGGCGCCGGCUGAGACCAGGCCGCCUAUUCUCGGUACCGGUGGCUUGCCAAUUAGCAUUCCGUCUAUUUCUCCGGUUCUCUCAUCCAGCGAAGCAUCGUCGGCUGAUAGCAAAUCGACUGUCCCACUUCCGUCAGAGACCAGUAAUGUCCCCGUUUCCUCUCCGCCAGUUUCUCCAUCCAACGGCGCUUCGACUGCGACAACGCCCAUGGACACCGGUUCUCCGAAGCCAGAAAACUCUGCACCUUCGUCGACUCCCGGAUCGCAAUUCCCAACCAUGUCCGUUCCCCCUGUCACGGAGAUCCCAGCUGGAGGUAGCACUGGAACGUUUAACUCGCCAACUCCUAUACCCUCUACUGGUCAGGCAGAUUCAAGCAGUGCCACAAUCCCAACUCCAACUCCAAUUGCAUCUUCUGCAACGGGAACGAAAACCCAGUCAUCAGAUUUGGUUGUACCGACCCCUUCAACUCCAUCCGGUGUUUUUCCUUCCAGCGGAACGGCACCUGGGACUGGCACAAUGGUGAAGCCUACCAGCAGCAGCACUCGGGUAGUCGAAACUGAAUCGGAGUCAUCAUCGAUAUCGAGAGCCACGCCAAGCUCCUUGAGUACGUCUGCUGGUGUUUCUACGCCAAUCUCAAGGCCGACGACACCUCCGACGCCAACACCCACCCCCACACCUUCGCGAUCGUUGGUAUCCCUGUCCACCAAUUCUGAUACAAUGAUGUCAGUUCCCACUAGCAUUGUCGUUCAGCCUUCCUCAACCAGCAGUCAGGCCCCAAGCAGCACUGCAAGCCCAUCUUCCCGACCAAAGAUUAUUGUCCCACCUACAGACGAUAACAAAAUUCCGCCAAACUCUGUGACCGUUCAACUUGGGUUUAACGGUUCGCUCACGUACGAUUUUGUCGUUCAGAACCAGGGCGCCACCAGCCAAAUUUUCUACUAUCUUCCACAGGGUAUUGCGGAUGGUCUUAAUAUCCAACAUUCCCAAGUGAAAGUUCAUUCUUUAGUUCCAUACGACACUGUUGCCAACUUGGGCUACACAACAACGAUCGCAAGAGUCAACAUUCCGUCAGACUUGGUCGAGUCGCUUGCCCUCCAACUGCGUACACCAACGUCACAACUGUAUAAUAAUGCUGACCCUUCCGUCGCAACCAUAGUAUCGAUGCUCGACCCAAGCAUUCCACUUACUGGAUCCCUUCCUGGCGUUAACAAACCCCCUGGAAGUCCCGGACAAGGCAAUCCCAAUGGACCUGGUAAUGGUGGAAAUGGCAACCAAGACUCGGGCCCUGGCCCAGGAGGAUCCGGCGGUAACUAUAACGUUCGGGCAACCUCUGUUGGGAUUGGUUUAGGUGUUGUUGGUGGCGCCUCUCUCUACGGCGCAGCUAUGUUCUUUGUUGCCCGCCGAUACAGAAAGAGACGUCGAUCAUCCACCAAUGAGGAGAGUGUCGUAUCUAGUGGAUAUAACAGCCAGCGCUCAUCGGCAAGAGAGGUUGAGCCAUUUAUGAGUGGUGCCAGAAGUGACGGCUAUGGUUCACAACGCAACAGUGGCGGCGGUACUAGUGCCAGAACACAAACUAUCAGCCCGCCCGUCAUGGCUGAGAACUCUCUCGGCUGGAACUGA